UUUAGAGUUUCUGCCCCCGAAAAAGCGAUUUUCGCCGGAGAGGAUGUUGCUUGGCUACGAUCCGAACGACAAUGAAGCUGGCCUGAAGCUUCUGGAGGACCUCACCAGGGAUGCAAAUCAGAUUCAGGGACAGGUGUUGAAGGAGAUCCUGACGCAGAACGCUCAGACGGAGUACCUCAGUGGCUUCCUGGAUGGCCGUGUCGAUAAGGAACUGUUCAAGAAGAAAGUGCCCGUGGUGAAUUAUGAGGACAUCAAGCCAUACAUCGAGAGGAUCGCGAAUGGGGAACAAUCUGAGAUUAUUUCAUCGCAACCAAUCACUGAGCUGUUGACAAGCUCGGGAACCUCAGGCGGCCAGCCUAAACUGAUGCCUUCGACAGCAAAAGACCUGGAUCGAAAGACAUUCUUUUACAACCUCCUGGUGCCCGUGAUGAACAAGUAUAUCGAUGGGUUGGACCAAGGGAAGGGGAUGUACCUUCUAUUUAUCAAGCCAGAGAUCAGUACUCCCUCCGGUUUAAGGGCGAGACCCGUCUUGACGAGUUACUACAAGAGCGACAACUUCAGGAAUAGGCCUUAUAACAGGUACAAUGUGUACACUAGCCCUGACGAGACUAUCUUGUGUUCCGACAGCAAACAAAGCAUGUACUGCCAAUUGCUUUGUGGAUUGGUGCAACGGGACGAGGUUCUCCGAGUAGGAGCGGUAUUCGCAUCCGCUUUCUUGAGGGCCAUCAAGUGCUUGGAAGACCAUUGGAAAGAAUUAUGUUUGAACAUCAGAACAGGUCAAAUCAGUGACUGGAUCGCAGACCCGGGUUGCAGGAGCUCUGUCUCCUCAGUCCUCAGAAAGCCCGAUCCGGAUUUGGCCGAUUUGAUCGACAAAGAGUGCGGAGGAGAAUCCUGGGAAGGCAUAAUUAAGAAGAUCUGGCCGAGAACAAAGUACAUUGAGGUCAUAGUGACAGGGUCCAUGGCCCAAUACAUCCCAACUCUGGAGUUUUACAGCGGUGGGCUCCCUCUGAUCUCCACAAUGUAUGCCUCUUCGGAGUGCUACUUUGGGAUCAACUUCAAGCCGCUAAGCAAGCCUGCGGACGUCUCGUACACUCUCCUACCGAACAUGGCCUACUUCGAGUUCUUGCCGGUGGAGAAAAGCCACGGUGGCAAAACGACUCAAGAGGUUCAAUGCAACGGCAAUUCUGGUUCACAUCUGGUUGAAAAGACCGUUGAUCUCGUGGAUGUGAAGCUCGGUCAGUAUUACGAGCUCAUCGUCACAACCUUUACAGGCCUGUACAGAUAUAGGGUCGGCGACAUCCUGAUGGUGACUGGAUUCUACAACAAUGCCCCCCAGUUCCGGUUUGUGCAACGGCAGAAUGUCGUCCUGAGCAUCGACACCGACAAGACCAGCGAGGAGGACCUGCUCAAGGCUGUCACGGAGGCAAAGAAGCUCCUGGAGCCACUCGGGUUCCUGCUGACCGAGUACACCAGCUACCCUGAUGCGUCGUCGCUGCCCGGCCACUACGUUCUCUUCUGGGAGCUCAAGGCCAAGGGCAGCAACAUUACCAUAGAUGAGCUCAUGGGGCUCGAGAGUGAGAUCAUGGAGGAGUGUUGCUCAAGGGUCGAGGAGUCGCUGGACUACGUGUACCGGCGGUGCCGGGCCAAGGACAAGUCGAUCGGGUCGCUAGAGAUCAGGGUGGUGAGGCACGGGACGUUUGAUGCGCUGAUGGACUACUGUGUGUCUCAGGGGUCCUCGGUGAACCAGUACAAGACACCCAGGUGCAUAAAGUCGGAGGAUGCCCUAAAGAUCCUGGACUCGAGGGUGGCGGGGAGGUUCUUCAGCAAGAAGGUCCCCUUCUGGGAGCCUUACAAGAUGGGAGGGUAGUAAUAAUGUCGCCAAGUAACGAGUUCCCUUUCAGGUUCUUCCUGCUGGUUUGGUAGGUUUAUCGAAAAUUUUCCCCCUUUCUCUACUCUUCCUUUUCUUCUGAUAUUAAUUGGCCUGUUGUUAGGUGUGGCAUGUAGCCAAGAAUACCCCUUUGUCAUGUUGAUGGGAUGAUUUUUGUAUUGUGACAAAGUUAAUUUGACUAUGUAUUAACAUGUGUUUUUUCUCCGCUUAGCCUGUGCCAAUUGAAUCCACAGUGUUCCAUGU